GAGAUAAAAAUCCCUUAAAAUAAAGUCCACAUGAAAUUGAAUAAAAAAAACUUGCCUACAUUUUUGCAAAGUCUAUUUUUGGGAAGAUAUAACAAAAAAAGUUUGUCCAUUUUUUUUCUUAUGGGAAAAUCAAUUUUCUAAUUGCUUAAUUCGCUUGAUGAGAAAUUCUUGGAGGAAUUGGCCCGUAACAAAUCUGAGAUUCACUGCAGUACGGAAACGGAAUAUCUCAGAGUGAAACUUGUACAUGGAACGUAUCGAUACACGAUCUUCGUAUAAAAGGUAUGAUCUUAUACAUGAGACACCCUUUAACGUUGAGGCUCAGCAAGGAAAAGAGAGAAAAUAGAAAUGUGAUUCGAAAAAGACACCGUGAAUAGUGGGAAAGGAAAGGGCUGGGGAGGGGAACAGUCGACGCCAAACUCGUGCGGUAACGUAGAGCUCUGCAUAUCCCGUCAUUCGAAUAAAAACUAUCCCGGGAAUAUCGAUCCGGCGCAAAACACCGACGAUUCCAUUUUGGUAUGUGCGCGCGCGCGUGAACGAACAAAAUGUCGCCCCAAUCCAUAUACCCACCAUAAUUAGUGGCACGAUAAUAACAAGAGGGAGAAAAAAAGGAAGGGGGAAAAGCACGGAGAGAUCCGAAGGAGAGCGGGAAAUACGAUUGAAAGGCGGAUUUGCCGGAUGGAGAGGGGAUGGGAUGGGAUGGGAGAGGAGAGAGGAAAAAUUUGAAGGGAGGGGAAAUAGAAAGAGAAAGAAAAAAAUAACUGUGCCAGGGGGGACGACUGCACAUGGAUCUCGCCAUAAUGGCAAUCUGUAAAGAAUAUAAUAUAAAAACGGACAAUUACAGUAACAAGAAACACGCUGGAGAGCACGCGAGAAAAAGAGAUAUUUUUUUCUUUCGCGACCCGUUCGCCUGAAAGUGCAAUAAAACAUGUAUGCUGGCGUCACACGCAUGCACGUAUCCGGUCUCCGGUCGUUGCGAGUCCGUCCCUCCAUGCGAAUCCAAAGUGGCGGCGUCUCGCACGGACGCAGACAUAUUGAAUUACAAAAUAAAGAACACCGUUCGGAGAAGCGACGGGAUGAGUGUGCGAGAGAGAAGAGAAAGAGAGGAAGAGAGAGAGGAGGAAAACAGAAAGAGACAGACAAAGUAGUGUUAUCGAACAGUUGCAGCGUGUCGACGGACCGUCGUCGCGGUUCGGCGAAGAUCGUCGUCGGCGUCGGUAAUUGAGUACAUUCCACAAAGUAGUUGGUUUAAAAGUUAUAUCUCUUCGCGUCGAACGUAUAGCAUCGACGGAGGUAUGGCGAAGGGGUGGAUACCCUCGACGACGACGAUGACGCCACCACGAGUCGACGGAGCCACCGACAUUGAUGUCUCGCUCUACCUUUUUAUCAGGAUUAAUUUAUCGUAGAAAACAAAAUUAAGAUGCAAAGUGUACUGACGAUUCUGCUUCAAUGUAAUAAGGCCAUCACAAGAUGUUCCGCGAAAAUCGCUGGUCGCUACUAUUCGACCGGCGCCGCAAAACCUGAAUUAACUUCGAUCAGGUACAAAAUUCAACGCGGACCCUACGCUACGGUCACGGAUGCAGAUGUUCGCUUUUUCGAAUCGUUGCUUGGUUCCAGUCGCAUCAUCACAGAUCCGGAUGAAUGCGAAAGUUACAAUAUCGACUUUGCGAAAACUGUAAGGGGUGCAAGUAAGCUUGUGUUGAAACCAAUAUCCACUGAGGAAGUAUGUGCAAUACUAAAGUAUUGCAAUGAGCGACGAUUAGCAGUUUGUCCCCAGAGUGGCAAUACUGGACUCGUCGGUGGUUCGAACCCAAUAUUUGAUGAAAUUGUCAUUUCUUUAAAGCUCAUGAAUAAAAUUUUGGACACGAAUGAAUUGGCAGGUACACUGACAUGCGAGGCUGGUUGCGUUUUACAAGAUCUGGACAAUCACUUGUCUACAGUUAACCUAAUGAUGCCCUUGGAUCUUGGGGCUAAAGGAAGUUGUUUGAUAGGCGGAUGCGUAAGUACAAAUGCGGGUGGAUUACGACUUUUGCGUUAUGGCAAUUUACAUGGCAGUAUUUUGGGAGUUGAAGCAGUGAAGGCUAACGGCGACAUUGUAGAUGCGUUGAAUACGUUAAAGAAGAAUAAUACUGGAUACCACUUGAAACAUAUCUUUAUUGGAAGCGAAGGCACGUUAGGCAUUUUGACCAAAGUGGCUAUUCAAUGUCCACCAUUGCCGAUUGCUAAAAAUGUCGCAUUUCUAGGAUUAGCGAGUUUCGAUAAGGUGUUAAAAACAUAUUAUUUAGCGAAACGUCAUCUAGGUGAAAUUCUGUCUUCCUGUGAAAUGAUGGAUCGAUUAUCUAUAGACGUUUCCAUUAACAAUCUUGGCCUGAAGAAUCCGUUAACGAGCUGCAAGGAGGGUCACGAGUUUUAUAUGAUUAUUGAAACUUCAGGUAGCCAUUUGGUUCAUGACGAAGAAAAGUUAUCCUCGUUCGUGGAAAAAGUUAUUAAUGAUGACAUCAUUGAAGAUGGCACAAUGACUAAUGAAUCAAAAAAGCUUGAUACCAUAUGGGCACUUCGAGAAAGAAUUAGCGAAGGUGUCUUACGAGAGGGUUACGUAUUCAAGUACGAUAUCUCCCUACCUCUUUCAUCUUUUUAUACUGUCAUCGAGGUGCUUCGCAAGCAAAUACGCGAUCCCCGGAUUAUCAGGAUUAGUGGUUAUGGUCAUUUAGGCGAUGGAAACCUCCAUGUACAAGUCUCUAUACCAGAGUAUUACGAGGAUGUAGCCGCGCAAUUGGAACCGUUUAUUUUCGAAUAUGUAUCAAAAUGUCAGGGUAGUAUUAGUGCUGAACAUGGCAUUGGCUUCAAAAAAACUAAAUACCUUCAUUUGAGUCGAAGCUCUUUCGAGAUUGAAAUAAUGUAUGAUCUGAAGAAAAUAAUGGAUCCAAAUGGCAUUCUGAAUCCUUAUAAAGUUUUAAAGCCAAUUGCGUGUAUGUAGAGAAAUCGUGAUCAUCAUAAAAAUAAUUUUUAAACACAAAUGGUAUAAAUAUUUUAUGUGCCAUAUUUGAACAAAGUUCAUAGAAGAUUAAGUAUAGUCGUAAUAGCAAUUAUCUAUGAUUAUCUUUAUGAAUGUUUAUAAAAAUGUUGAAGUGUCAUUGUAUGCUAUUAUAAUAGUAUUUGGAUAUAAUACUAUUGUAAUAGUAUUUGGCUUACAUGGAUGCUGACUUUACAAAGUUCUAUAUGCUUUUAUUGACUAUUAUCCAUCUGCCGAUAAAAGUAGACAAAAGUCACCAAGUCAGUUUCGGUGACUAUGUCUUUAUAUAGAAUGUUUUAAAUAUUUGCAAUUAUAUAUAUUUUUUUAAAUAUAUGUAAUAUAAAUGUACCUGAUGUAUGUAAAAGACUGAAUGCUUUUCAGAUGUGCUAUACUAUCUUUUGCUAGAAAGGACCAUGUAACUGUACGAAGUGAACUGUAAA